GCGAGUGCUCCGACGUUGCGUCAGAACUGGGGCGCCAACGCACGGGACUCUUGCGGCCCGAGACCGAUAACGUCUUCCUCCAACACCGUCAAGACCCCUUUUUAACCCCUCGUUAUGUGUUGCUCGACGCAUUUUGUGACUUGCUCUCUUUAGGAAAGACCCAGGUUCACCGACUCGAGAAAGCCAAUGGGGCAACAAUUGCCAUGCCACGCAUGCUCGCACGUGCCGGUUGUUUGGCGCCCGAGAUUGGACCCCUGCGCAAGUGGGCCGUACCCCGCCUUUAUUGGCACCACCUUUGGCACCACCCAACCACAAGCCACAUGUAGGUGUUCCAGCCACAGAUCCAAUCUUAUCUCAUGAAGCGCAAGCCCCACUGGCCCAUGCCUGGUUGUCUAGUCAAUGUUUACUUUCCAAGUCACAUCCCAGAUCUCGCCUCCCCCCGACUGGGCAUGAUCUCAUCGGCAGCAGAGCAUCAAUCCAGCACAGAUAAUCUUGUGACGAAAGCAUCCUUUCCCAGCCGAACGCGCUUAGGCAGUCUUCUGACUUAUUCUUUUCCCACGCGAAAUUGAGAGUGUCCCUGCUGGGUUGGCUGCCGAGUUGCGUCGUGAGCGCCUUCAGACGCCGCCUAGGUGUAACUGGCGAGGUUGCCAAACCAACCGCCUGCACGUCCCUAGACCUAAGCCAAGAACAGAUCCCUCCACCGACGAAACAUGGCGGCGACACCAACCUCGACAUUCAGGUCAUCCUUUGGCGGCGGCGGAUCGGCACGAAACUCUCCCUUUAGACGUCCAGAAUCUCCAGCGUCCCCGUCACCUCUCCGCCAGCAGCACACCACGCCCCAUCAGCACGUCGCGCCCAUGGCAUCGCCGCCCCGGCUCGGAUCAAUAACACCGUCGUCCGCCAUCGCAGGUUCCAGAUUCGCUUACCAGUCAACUGCCACCCUCGCCACCGGCGGCCACUUGAGCAGCCCUUUCACGCCCAAGAGCCGGAGUAGCGGCGGUGGCGACUCGGUGACAACGCCGACCAACGCACGGCCAAACCUGAAGAGCGUGGCGCCGAGGACAAUGAGCAGCAACACGGCCAUGUCGCAGCUGCCGCCUUCCCAGAUGCGCAUGCUGAGGGAGGGCUUCCAGAUCCUGGAUAGGGACAGUGACGGCACAGUCGGCCGGGAGGAUGUAGCAGACAUGCUGGGUCAGCUAGGUCUUCCAGCAAACCCGUCAGACGUGUCGGCCUUCUUUCCUCUGGGGUCCUCCUCCAGCACGUCGCUGGCCGUGUUCCUCAGCUCGCUCUCAUCGGUACUGGCGGCCAUGUCACCUAGCGCGGAGCUGCUGUCGGCCUUCUCGGCCUUUGACGAUGAUGACAGCGGGCAGGUGGACCUGGCGGAGCUUCGUGACGCCCUGCUGAACACGGCGCCCGAGCCGGGCGAGCGGCCCUUGACCGAGGACGAGAUCGACCGCGUCAUGGACGGCUUCACGGGCAGGCGGGCCUUUAGCAAGAACAACAGCCGGCCUGGUGGUCUGUCCAAGCGCGGCGAGGUGUUUAGGUAUCAGGACUUUGUGCACUCCAUAGUGGGGGGCAACGGAAAUCCCGAGGCGGCCGCCGAGGAGGACGACUCAUCCUGAAGCGAGGGCAGCCUCGUUUGACAGUGACUUUUGUUUGUUUGAUAGGUGGGAAUAUGAAUUGGGGUGGCGGGCGAAGGCUACGGUGGCAACGAUGCAGCGGUGGGUUGCUGUUUGCGACGCUACAACAAUUGGCCGGACCAGCAAAUGGGAUGCAGCUGCGGCCUCCUGCAGUCUGUCGGGUUUAUCAACGAGGUGGCGGGUAAUGGCGGGGUCGCCCAGUGUUUUCUUUCAUGUCAUAUUUUGUACAGAUUUGUUUGUGUGGUUCUUGGGUCGGCGUUUGGCGGAGGGCGAGGCAGUGGACACUCUAGAGAACCACUCUGGAGGGCACUCUGGAGGACAGCCGGCCAUUCAGGGCUUCAUGUUGGAUACGAGACUUGACCAGGGGCCGAUUGGGCCUGGGGACAAACAAAGCGGAUGGCCAAACUUUACGUUGCUAGAUGGUUUAUCGUCGGAACUCCUUCCGAACCGUAACCUCCCCCAAUGUCCGUCCCGGUUUGGU